UGGCAACAAUUGUUAGAUAUGUUAGAUCAUGGCAACCAAACAGUUCAAAUUAAAGGAGCAUACUUAAAUUAUACACCAAAAAUUCAAGCAUUUAUAUCAAAUAUUUCUUUAAAUAAAUUAUAUAAUUAUACAGAAGAUUAUCUAACUAUUCGUUUGGCAUUAGAAGAAACAAAACCAAAUCAUAAAUAUUAUUCUUCUUUAGAAG